AAAUUAUAAGAUUAGAUAUUAACAAAAAUUAGUAGGUUCUGGUAGAAACUUUUUAUUAAUAAAUAAAUGAACUAAUAGGAUUUAAAAAAUAAUUUUUCACAAGCUGCUAAAAUGCUAGCAAAUUUAUUUAACUCGGCAAACUAGCAGUACAAAGAGGCGUAUGCAAAAGGACAGAAAGAUAUGAUAAAUGAAAUAGUAUAGUUUUGCUUGUAAGAAAACAAUAAUUUAAAGACUAUUGAGUUGUAGAAAUUAGAGGUUUUUCUACAGGAUAAACUGAAUAAAAUAUAAGAAAAAUAGAAUUAACAACAAUAAAUUUUAGAAUAAAUAGGAAGAUAAUCUAAUAUUUAAGUCUAAUAAUCAAUAAACAAUCCUCUCCAUUUAAAUUAACAAAAGUUUGAGUUAUAAAAUAACAUUUAAAUGACCUAAAAUGUUAAUACAAAUUAGUAGAAUGGUUAAAUUUCUUUUAAUAGUUUUAACCUUUAAGGAGCUUUUAAUGUGAAUAAUAAUUAAAAUAUUUAGUAGAAUACUUAGCAAUAAUAAUUUGUUCCUAAUGUAUAACAUAAUUAAAAUUAGAUUUAAUAAAAUUUAAAUACCUUAAAUUAUGAAAAUAAUAAUAAUCAAUAAAUAUAGUAGCAGUCAAAUAAUUUUACAAGUGACUAGAAUUAAGAAGAAAAUAGUUACUUACAAAAUAGAAGAAUAUUUCAGAUAAAAGGAUAUAAAAUUUAAAAUAAUAAUUAAAAUAAUUCUAUGAAUGAAGAGCAAAAUUAAUGA